AUACCGUCAGAAAGUUGCAUACAGCGUAAACGGAAGUGGACGCAAUUUGUGAUGGUUGCGCAACUGUGCAUCAUUGUGAGUCUCGACCACCGUUAAAACGUGUAGUCCGUAAGGUCAUUCCUGGGUAUGUUUCUAUAGUUCCACAUGAAUGAAGCUAGUAACUAUACACAGUUGUUGAAUAGUAGGCGGUCUCUCCAACAGUAGUGAUCUACACUCAUCUGGUUAACGAAUGGAUCGUUCACUACAGCUGUAAAGCCGAACUUAAGGAAUCACUAUUUCAAUAAGCAAGGUGAUGGGUGAUCUUCGUCGUCAUCGUGAUUAGUUUGUUCUGCUGUGAGACCGAAAGCCACAGUGAACCACUCAUGUCCCGACACAGUAAAAUGCAACAGCAGGUUCUGGCCUUGUAUCGCCAGUUCCUCCAAGCGGGACGGGACAAACCAGGCUUCAUCCCCCGCAUCCGAGACGAGUUCAGGGAGAACUCCCGGAUCAAGAAGAAGGACGUCAUGCACAUCGAGUAUCUGUUCCGUCGGGCCCAGAGGCAACUGGAGCAGCUGAGGGACGUCAACACCAAACAGCUGGGCUCCUUCUCCAAACCUAAAACAGACAGAUGACCUAGUGAACGCAACUUUGAAGGUCCCCUCCCCGCACCCUCAUGUUGUUGUUGUUGUUGUUGUUUCCUCAAGGAAACAAGUUGUAUUAUACCAAUUCUUGGGAGAGGGGAUCUUUUUAUUCUGUGAUUGCAGUGUUCACCGAACAUUGGUAUACCGUUCGCGAUUCUCCCAGUUGAGAUGCCCUCAAAGUGUGAGAACUAGGAGAUGCAAUGUGGGAAAGACAUUUAGUUUAAAUGUGUAUUUCAUUUGCAUUUAGGUGCGAUGAUACAAUAUAGAAUAUUGUCUUUGGUCGACAAUGAAUGAGGCUGAUCCUCUGCUGUUUUCAUUCAGGUCCUUUAUUGUCCUUGCUAUAAAACGAGAAGUAGCAUUGUUUUAGAAAAUAAACUCGUAUUUAAACCAAAA